UCGCGGUUUUUUAUUUGAGAGCGAACUAGGCAAUGAUACAGUUUUGCAUUCGUGCUAUCUCAUUAUUAUUUGAGCGUGAACUUUGAAAUGCGAUCACGGAGGGUUGUGCUGCUUGGCAAAUACGUAAUCACAGGCUCAGUCAACGACGCCGCAGCUGCAUGGAGAGCGCGCAGCAGACAAGUUGGAACGCCCAGCAUACGGCACGAUCACACGAACAGCACGCCGCCUGGACGUGCAGUGCGACGACCGACCAAACGAGAGCCCUGACGCUGACGCGGGAGUGCACGCGUUCCAUCGCUUCUCCACGCCGCGUCCCCGUUUCCCCACGAAGCCGUGGUGCCCCUUUGGGCUUUGGGGCAUCUCGUCGCUCAAACGGCGGCAAUGGCGGAAGAAAAGGGAACGUGAAAGCCACCUGCUCGGGCUCAGGAGCACAGCACAUAUGCACACCCGCCGCAUUUAGAGAAGCAUCAACGGGCGGGGCUGAGUACUUAACCAGCCGGCAGUUCCUCGCCCUCGCCCCUCCCCUCCGCACGUCCGUCCACCCUCCGAAUCCCCCUCCCUGAAACCUCGCGGCGCGAAAAUGCCCAAACGAGACAAAGGAGCUCCUCCGCGCGCCUCCCCACCCCACACACCUCCGCCGGGGACGGGCGAGGCCGAGGGGGUAGACGAGGCGGGGGCGUCCGCGGCGGAGAUGGGGACGUACAAGUGCUGCAUCUUCUUCACGCGCCGGUUCGCGCUGGGCGACACCACCACGCCGGAGGACGUGCGCGUGCUCUUUUCCCGCUUCGCCGGCGGGUCGCCCUACAUGGGCGCCGACGACCUCCGCCGCUAUCUCGCCGCCUGGGGAGGGGCCGACGGCGAGGUCGCGGAGCAGGUCGUCGACCGGGUCCUGCAGGACCGCAGCCGCACCCCGCGCUUCGGGAGGCCGGCGCUCACCGUCGACGACUUCAUGCAUUUCCUCUUCUCCGAGGACCUCAACCCGCCCCUCCGCCACUCCAAGGUCCAUCAGGACAUGAACGCACCACUAUCGCACUAUUUUAUAUACACUGGACACAACUCAUAUCUGACUGGUAAUCAACUAAGCAGUGACUGCAGUGAUACUCCCAUCAUCAAGGCACUGCAAAUAGGUGUUCGUGUAAUUGAAUUGGACAUAUGGCCAAAUUCUUCUAAAGAUGACAUUGAUGUUCUCCAUGGAAGGACGCUGACUGCCCCGGUAUCACUUAUCAAAUGCUUGAGAUCCAUCAAAGAAUAUGCUUUUGUUGCAUCUCCCUAUCCUGUUAUUAUAACAUUAGAAGACCACCUUACACCUGAUCUUCAGGCGAAAGUAGCUAAGAUGGUCCUUGAAGUGUUUGGAGACAUCCUAUAUUACCCUGAAUCGAAACAUCUUCAAGAAUUUCCUUCACCUGAAGCUUUAAAGGGGCGUGUCUUGCUCUCAACAAAACCCCCAAAGGAGUACCUCGAAGCAAAGGGCGGUACCAUGAAGGACAGAGAAAUUGAACCCCAGUUUAAAAAGGGAGAAAGGGAAGAAGCAGCUUGGGGAGUAGAAGUUCCAGAUAUUCAGGAUGAGAUGCAAGUAGCCGACAGGAGCGACGAUGAUAUAUUAUAUCAUGAAAGAGGUCUGGAUGAUAACAAGUCACAGAAAGCAUGCAAGCAUGUGGCACCAGAGUAUAAACACCUCAUUACUAUCAAGGCUGGAAAGCCAAAGGGCGCUCUCGUGGAUGCCUUAAAGAAUGAUCCGGACAAAGUUAGGCGCCUCAGUUUGAGUGAGCAAGAACUUGCAAAAGUGGCAGCACGUAAUGGUCCCAACAUUGUGAGCUUCACACACAGAAAUAUGCUGAGAAUAUACCCAAAGGGAACCCGCUUCAAUUCAUCCAACUAUAAUCCAUUUCUUGGCUGGGUGCAUGGUGCUCAAAUGGUGGCAUUCAAUAUGCAGGGACAUGGAAGAGCACUUUGGUUAAUGUAUGGUUUUUACAAAGCCAAUGGGGGCUGCGGUUAUGUGAAGAAACCUGAUUUCUUGAUGCAAACAUGUCCAGAUGGAAAGGUGUUUGAUCCCAAGGCAGAUUUACCGGUCAAGGCAACAUUGAAGGUCAAGAUAUACAUGGGCGAAGGUUGGCACAAGGACUUCAAGCAGACACACUUCGACUCAUACUCACCUCCAGAUUUCUACGUAAAGGUUGGCAUCGCCGGAGUUCCAUUAGACUCGGUGAUGAGGAAGACGAAAGCCGUGGAGGACAACUGGGUCCCCGUGUGGGAGGAGGAGUUCGCCUUCCCGCUGACUGUCCCCGAGAUCGCGGUGCUCCGCGUGGAGGUGCACGAGCAGGAUGUGAGCGAGGACGACUUCGGCGGGCAGACGGCGCUGCCGGUAGAGGAGCUGCGGCCGGGGAUCCGCGCUGUCUCGCUGUUCGACCACAAGGGGCACAAGUUCAAGAGCGUCAAGCUCCUCAUGCGCUUCGAGUUCACCUAGCGCCCCGUAGCACAGAACGGUCAUGCUGCCAUGUCUAUUGGCCGAUGCUUUUUUGCAUUAGGAAUCGAAUUCUUUUUUUAACUUUAUUAAUUAGGAUCCAUGUUUGUGCUACCUCA